AUGGUAUCAUUACAAGAGGCAUUAGAAUUGGUGAAGAAGGCUGUAGCACUUGACACUGCCAAUAGAACUCAAGAGGCUGUUUCAAUGUACACUCUGGCCAUUGAGCAUCUGAGACAGGUGUUGGAUACGGCCAGAGACGCACAGACAAGGGAUCUCAUUCAGACAAAGAUUCAAGAGUACUCUAAGCGUGUAGACUACCUGAGAUCCACGUACAACCUGAUGGCUCCACCAAUGCCAACGCCAACGACCAAUGCAUCGCCAAUGUUUGCCUUCCCAUCACCCCCGUCUCAGCCAUCCAAGGACACACUCAUACAGAAUGCAUUGGCAAUGGCAAACAAUGCUGUCAAGGCAGAGUCAGAGAACAGGAUAUCAGACUCUAUCGCUUGUUAUCAUAACUGUGCUGAACUAUUGGAUCAAGCAUCAUUAUUGGAGACUGAUAUAGAAUCUAGACUAUACUUGAAUCAGAAGAAACAAGAGUACUCAUCUAGGGCUGAGGAGUUGGGUGUGAGGAUAAGAUCAUCACCAACGUUUGGCAGUCACAACAACUCUGAUGUACCAUUCCCUCAGGUGGCCGGUGACUCAUUUGACAUGUCCUCCUACGGCAACAUUGAGGAGUCGUCAUCAGAGUACAUUGACAUGGCCAUCAACUAUACACAAGAGGCCGUCAAGGAGGAUGACGUGCACAACUUCACCAAAGCCAUACCCUUGUACGAACAGGCUAUCUUUUACUUCAACGCUGCGUUGCAGUGCGAGCCCAAUGAGAAGGUGCGGCUGCUCAUUGGCGAGAAGAUGACAAACAAUCGUGUGCGAUGCGAGUUCCUCAAGAACAAGAUCAACUAUCAAUCAUCGCAAGGCUCAGUCAUCAACAACAUCCCAUUCUCAAUGAAGCCUGGUGGCAAGUACAAGGAUCCAGUACGUAAGAAGAAUGUCAUGGAGCGACUGAUCAAGACCAUCAAAGGUCCAAAGAAUAUAUCAGAUCAUUGGGCGUAG